ACGAGGUUAACGUGACGUGGCCGAGGAAGGUGGAAACGCCAGUAGCGAACUGUGGGCCCGGCUGAAAUCGGUCUAAAGUAGCUUUUUGUCCGGCAGUAAUCUCUGGAGAACUAACAACGAUGGUGACAGACGUACAGCUCGCUGUGUUUGCCAAUAUGCUUGGCGUGUCGCUCUUCUUGCUGGUCGUCCUUUACCAUUACGUGGCUGUUAACAACCCGAAGAAACUGGAAUGAAUGACUUUCGGCGAGGGGAUGAAGACCGGGACCAUGACAUGACACCUUCUGCACCAGCGAUGGAACAUUUGAUUGUUUAACUCACACUGACUGUUAAAGUCUUGUUUCUUUGUUUUAUUAGAUUUAUGUUAUGAAUAAAGUCUUUCUUUUGUGG